UAAUGUUUCGACUAAACAAGUGCAAAAAUCGUUUUUAAACUUGUGGUGCGUAGGUGUAGAGAUUUUUUGCAGUGGAAAAGUGAAACAUUGAUCAUUUGAAUGGAUGUAGCGAAAUCUUUGUUCGGUUCUCGCGACCACGAAGGAUAUGUUGGCAAAGAUGAACAUAUGAAAAAGCUGGAGACUGCGAAUUCUGAGGAUGACGGAGAGUUUGUUGAGUUGGGCGAGAGUAUACGCAUCGCAGAUGGCUUGCGGCCAACAGCGGGAGGACCGUUUUCGGCGCUGACCCCGUCAAUGUGGCCGCAGGAUAUAUUGGCUAAGCUGGGGCAACCGGAUCCAAAUGAACCUCCGAAUCAUCAACCUGAUUAUCGAUUCGAUGAGUUUGGUUUUCGAGUGGAAGAAGAAGAUGGGCCAGAGCAAAGUUCAAACAAACUGCUUAGUAUUCCCUUUAUGGAAGAUCCGGCACAGAGAUUACAAUGGGUUGCACAUUUGGAGUUUUCACAUAACAAGGAAGCCACGGAGCUUACAUGGGAUAGUGUGGAUGUUGUCCUUCCUAGGACGGAAAAGUUGCGCAACAUGGUACGAUCGGGGAUACCGCAUUCCCUGAGGCCACAGAUGUGGAUGCGUCUAUCGGGAGCGUUACACAAGAAACUUAAAUCGGAAACAUCGUAUCAGGAGAUUGUAAAAGUUUCCUCAAAUGAUGCUCUCAUGACUUCGAAACAAAUUGAGAAAGAUUUACUGCGAAUCAUGCCCACCAAUGCCUGCUUCAGUUCGCUAUCGAGCACCGGAGUUCCUAGGUUGCGUCGAAUCCUGCGCGGAAUUGCUUGGCUUUUUCCCGAUAUUGGCUACUGCCAGGGAACGGGCGUAAUCGCUGCUUCUUUGCUUUUGCUUUUAGAAGAGGAAGACUCCUUCUGGAUGAUGGCGACUAUCGUGGAAGAUCUACUGCCGGCGUCCUACUACUCGUCGACCCUUCUCGGUAUUCAGGCUGACCAGCGAGUAAUGCAAACGCUGAUCGGCAACUAUUUAACCGCCGUCGACGACACUUUGAAGAGCCAUGACAUUGAGCUGUCUUUGAUUACGCUUCAUUGGUUUUUGACGCUAUUCGCAAGUGUUGUUCAUAUGAAGAUUUUACUGCGAAUCUGGGAUUGGUUCUUCUACGAUGGUUCGAUUGUGCUGUUUCAACUGACGCUGGGUUUGCUCAAAAUCAAAGAACCUUCACUAAAGAAUCUUGAAAAUUCGGCCCAAAUUUUUAAUUCUCUGUCGGAUAUCCCCGGUGACAUAGACGAUGUGGAGCAUCUGUUUUCCAUAUCGAUGGAAGUGGGAGGUUCCCUUUCGCCGAUGGUAAUUGAAACGCAUCGCCGCCGGCAUCUGGCUUAUUUGAUGGCCGAUCAGGGAGCGCUGGUCGGUAACCCCGAGGCUGGUUCAAAUUUGCCGAAACAGCAUCUGGCGCGCCGACAAGUGAAGAAGUCCAAAUCAAUGCUGCAAAUAAUUCUGUUCGGUAACGAUAAUGGGGAGGACGAGUUGAAAAACAAAAAUAUUCGUCAGACAGAAAUAUUGGUCGAUUUGCGAGAGGCCAUUCUUAAAGUGGCCCGGCACUUUUUGGCUAUCGAACCGAAGUUGAGUGCACACAUUAAGCUAGUUGCUGAUUACAGUAUGGAUAGCCAUGCCAAAGACCACGAAAACUAUAUCAAUGUCUCUAGGACGCGUAGUCGACGAGCAAAAGCCUUGCACGAUUUCGAGCGGCACGAUGAUGAUGAGUUGGGUUUUAGGAAGAAUGAUAUCAUAACGAUCAUCAGUCAAAAGGAUGAGCACUGCUGGGUCGGCGAAUUAAACGGAUUGCGUGGUUGGUUUCCGGCAAAAUUUGUAGAACUGCUGGACGAGCGCAGCAAGCAGUACAGUUGCGCUGGAGAUGAUGCAAUUUCGGAAACUGUUACGGAUUUGGUUCGCGGAACGCUGGCACCCACUAUUAAACAGGUCUUGGAGCACGGUAUGAAGCGUCCAUCGUUUCUCGGUGGUCCCUGUCAUCCGUGGCUGUUCAUCGAAGAAGCCGCUACUCGUGAGGUAGAAAAGGACUUCGAGUCCGUUUACUCUCGUUUGGUUCUGUGCAAAACUUACCGCUUGGACGAAGAUGGCAAAGUAUUGACGCCGGAAGAGUUGCUGUAUCGUUGCGUUCAAUCGGUAAACCAAAGCCAUGAUGCAACGCACGCUCAGAUGGACGUUAAGCUACGUUCGCUCAUCUGUCUCGGUUUGAACGAGCAGGUAUUGCACCUGUGGAUGGAGGUGCUUUGCAGCUGCUCGGAGAUCGUUCAAAAAUGGUAUCAACCAUGGAGUUUUAUCUAUUCGCCCGGGUGGGUACAGAUCAAGUGCGAACUGCGACUGCUAUCGCAAUUUGCGUUCAAUCUCAACCCGGACUGGGAGCUACCAGCAAAACGGGAAGCUGUGCAGAGCCAACCGCUGAAGGAUGGCGUGCGUGAUAUGCUAGUUAAACAUCACCUUUUCUCGUGGGAUCUUUAGAGAAAAAUAGUUAGCUAAACAAAGAUCAAAGUUUCAAGUUUAUUUUAUUGUCAGAAGAGAUUUUUUAUUAUUUAUUUAUUGUUUGAAUGUCUGUGCAUGUUUUGUUGUUUAUUGCCUGAUUUUUUAUAGUUUACAGCUAUUUGCUUUUAGCGAGCAAUUUAAGAGUCUUGGUUGCCGUUAUUCAAAUCUCAAAAAUCAACGGCCAAGCUUAGAAAACAGUGUCGCUUUAAUAACUAAGUAUUUCCAUAAUCUUUCAAACAAGUGCAAAUUAGUUUUGGAUAAAGGAUGAGUUGUGUUCUAAUAUAAUUACGUAGAAACUACAUAAUUUUAAUGCAAUUGGAUAAAUAUAUAAA